CGGACAUAGGGACCAAAGAGGGGUAUUCAAAUGGACUGAUGAAACACCCAUGUCUUAUACUGAUUGGUAUAUUCCCCAAUACAAUGAAGAAGGAGAAAAACAACCAGACGGCGGAAUGUUAGAAGCAUGUACAAUGCUAGUCUUUGAUCCAGUUACAUCGACGGAUCUUUCGACAGAUCUUUGGCAUGAUGUUGCCUGUGCUUCUCCUGAAACGAGGCAGUUUGUUUGCAAAACCCAAGCUACAGGUUCGCAGUGGAAUUCAACAGUUCAUAUCUACAAGCCAGAUUUUAUUGGACAAUGCGAUCCCGGACUAUUCCAUUGUAGCUCAGGGGAAUGCAUACGUGACGUCUUUGUAUGUGAUGGUGCCAAAGAUUGCAAAGACUUCAGCGACGAAAAUGACUGCUUUGCAGGUUGCGAUGAAAACCAAUAUGAAUGUCACGAUGAGUUAUGUAUAUCGAUUUCGUUUGUCUGUGACACCAUUUCUGAUUGUGAUGAUAAUUCGGAUGAAAUUAACUGCGGUAAGUACACUUCUAAUUUUGCAGUCAAAUGAGAUGAAAAUUGAAAUCGUCACUUUUAUUGUCAUCAUAAUUGU